AGUUUGGCAUGGGAUUACCUACAUGCGGGAUAUUUCGAACAAGCAGCGGCUGGACAGGCGGAAACCAAGGAGAAACGGGAGAAUCUUGUCAUUGAACUCAAUCAGGCUUUGGACAGCAUUUUCGAAUGGGGUACCAAGAACUUGGUUGAGUUCAGUGCUAAGAAAACCCAGGUCUGCGCUUUCACGGAAAAAACCUGUGACUUAAAUCCAAAGAAUCACAUCGAACGCGUGGUUAAAACGGCCUCAUACAAACUCGGAGUCCUGAACAAGGUGCGGCGUUUUUUCACGCCCGAGCAACUGUGCUUGUUGUAUAAGACUCUCUGGAUUGGCUCCGCCAAGUACUUGCUCGAUGCCUUGGAUAGGUUAGGCACGCGCAGUCUCGAUAGUGGCUCGGGCGAAUUUUUUUGAGUGUAUGCUUUUGGUCGCAGAUGACCUCUACAGCGUCACCGGGUUUGAGAACGGCGAGAACCUAAGGGUACCUCAAGUCGAGAAUUGGCGAGUGCCUCUAGAGGUGUUCCAGGCGGAUGGCAUAUCUCUCCUCUCCGUCUGGAGCCUCUAGACCACUCGAACCUGAGGGGUCGGCGCAUCUAGAGAUUGUCUCUGAGACUCGGAGCACGGCUCGGGCGGGGGCGGGGAAAAACGCCCAGGUACGUACCUGUACCUGGUAUAGCGUGUCGUGUAGACCGGGUCUUCGCACUCUUAUCUUACGAGUGCGGUGUCUGCCUAAUGCUAAGCUAGUGUGCAAGUAUGCUAGCUGUGUAGUGUUACUGAUUGAGGACUGUGUGGGAGGAGUAGGAGGCGCGUUGGUGCGGGUGAUUUCGUCGUCGGGGUACUCUAAGACGUGCCUCUACCACGGAAUCUAAGGAGCUCCGUCAAGUACUUGCUCGAUGCUUUGGAUAGGUUACAGCGGCGCACGAUCCGCAUCAUAGGCGAUCACCUCGAGCCUCUUCAAUUACCCCGUGACGUGGUGUCAUUACGCGCGUUCUAUCGUCUGUACCACGGCGAGUGUUCUGAGGGGUUAUUCUCUCUUAUUCCACCUUCCCCUUGUACUUGCUCGAUUCUUUGGAUAGGUUAUGCACGCGCAGUCUCUCGACACUGGCUCGGCUGAGGUGUGCGCGGCAGCCUCUUGUCAAAAUUAUAGAUCGAGGCGGCUUCACGCAGCAAACGCCCGAAAUAUUUUAUUUUGAAGCAUUCAACGGCUAGAUUAAUAAAUCUAAAGAAAAUGUUACUACUCGUCGGGAUUCCAACUGGCACCUUCUGAUAGUGGAAGGUGCGGGUUCAACGCCUGUGUGAUGCCAGGACUGAGUGCAAUUUUUUACUGGUAAGAUUUUCUUCAGAUUACCUAUAUACCACAAAGAAUCAAUGAUUUUGAAAGUUGCAAAUGUCAAGCGUUUUCUUUACAUUAAAAAAAGUGUCAUACUUACUAGUUUUAAUAAAAAUAGAUUAAUUAUACAGAGGUCAUCGAAGCGGCAGAGAUUAAACAGCAGCGACAGUGACUCGUCUAAAUCACCUGUAAAGUCUGCUCCUGAAUCUGAUAAGAAAAAGAAGGUGAAGCGUCAGAGGAUAGAAAGUUCUGGCAGUGAAACGGAGAUUCCCAAAUCCGAGUCUCCCAGUCCAGAUAAAAAUGAGGACAAAAGUGGACAAUCACCAAAAACUAAGCAAUCUCCAAAGGAGAAAAAAGCGAAGACUACGAAGAAAUCACCUGCUUCCGAUGAUAACAAAAAUAAGAAAAAAAGCUCAUCGCCAAAGAGUAAAGUAACUGUCAAAGAAGAAGUAUUCUCACCGAAGGUUAAAAUCGAGAAGAAUGUAAAUGAGAUAGCUGUGAGUCCUGUGCCGGUGAAGGAAAAUGGAGACGGCGAUACAAAAAAUGCUUUGAAUAAUGACAACGAACCAAAAGUCAUGGACACAGAGUACAACCCGUCCAAGAGUAAAUACCACCCGAUCAACGACGCGUGCUGGUCUAAAGGCGAGGAGGUGCCUUACCUGGCAUUGGCAAAGACCCUGGAGGUCAUCGAGGCAACUUCCGCCCGCCUGAAGAUGAUCGACAUCCUCAGCAACUACUUCCGGUCGGUCAUAGUGCUGACCCCGGAGGAUCUGCUACCUAGUGUCUAUAUGUGCUUGAAUCAGCUCGCGCCCGCUUACCAUAGCUUGGAGUUGGGCAUCGCGGAGACCUACCUGAUGAAAGCCGUGGGUCAAUGCACGGGGCGCACGGUGCAGCAGCUGAAGGCCGCCGCCAGCAAGGCCGGCGAUCUGGGGGCCGCCGCGGCCCACGCCAGGGCCACGCAGCGGACCAUGUUCAAGCAACCGCCUCUUAAGGCCAGGCGAGUGUUCCUGGCUCUCAAGGAGAUCGCGAGGAUGACUGGGCACGCGUCUGUGAACAAGAAGAUUGCAAAGAUCCAGUCACUCUUCACAGCUUGCAGGAACUGUGAAGCUAAAUACUUGGUCAGGUCUUUGGAAGGCAAGUUGCGAAUAGGUCUGGCGGAACAGUCUCUCCUUCAAGCGUUGGCGCUGGCCGUCACCACCACUCCUCCAGACCCUGAAGGAGUCAAAGUAUUGGAUGCUUCGAAAGGACUGCCGGCUGAGGAGUUUAAGGCUCGCGUAGAUUCCAACGCGUUCACGAUAAAGAAGACUUACUGCGAGUGCCCCAACUACGACGCAGUAAUACCGGCCUUGCUGCAAUAUGGCGUCAAAGAUUUACCCAAACAUUGUGCUUUAACUCCGGGAGUGCCGCUUAAACCUAUGCUGGCACAUCCCGCGAGAGCCGUCCAGGAACUAUUCGACAGGUUCGAAGGUUCAGAUUUCACUUGCGAAUGGAAAUACGACGGGGAACGCGCCCAAAUCCACGUCCCUUCUACCGCGGAUGGUAGUUCUGCCGACUUCAGUAACGCCGCCAUAUUCAGCCGGAACCAGGAGAAUAACACCAGUAAAUAUCCAGAUGUUCUCCAUCGUCUGCCAUCGCUGCUGAAGGCCGGCGUGUCCAGCUGCGUGCUGGACUGCGAGGUGGUGGCAUACGACAUUCAGGCCAAACAGAUUCUACCCUUCCAGAUUCUGUCGACGCGUAAACGCAAGGACGCCAACGAGGCGGAGAUUAAGGUUCAAGUGUGUGUGUAUGCAUUCGACUUGUUAUACCUGAACGGGGCAGCCCUCGUCUCCUCCCCUUUGAAGGAGAGGCGCGCCUUACUGAAGGAACACUGCAACCAUAUCCCAGGGGAAUGGGAAUUCGCCGCGUCCAAAGACUGCAGCAACAUAGAAGAAGUACAGACAGCCCUCGCUGAUGCGGUGAAGGGGUCCUGCGAGGGGCUCAUGGUGAAGGCUUUAGAAGGGCCCCGGGCUGCAUACGACAUCGCGAGGAGAUCGCACAACUGGCUCAAGCUAAAGAAAGACUACCUAGAAGGUGUAGGCGACACCGUAGACGCGGUAGUGAUAGGCGGGUAUUUGGGACGAGGCCGUCGCGCCGGGGUCUACGGAGGAUUCCUGCUGGCCUGCAGGGAUUCACAGGGGGAAGAAUACCAGUCCUUAUGCAAGAUUGGUACGGGAUUCAGCGAUGAGCAACUGCAAACGCUCAGUCAACAGUUGAACGAGCAUCUUAUAGACGCGCCGAGGACAUAUUACAGGUUCGACUCCUCCCAUCGUCCGGACGCGUGGUUCGAGUCUGCGUGCGUGUGGGAAGUGAGAUGCGCUGAUCUGUCUCUAUCUCCGGCACAUCGCGCCGCGUUGGGGCUCGUCGACAGAGAUAAGGGAAUCUCGCUGCGGUUCCCCAGAUUCGUUCGAGUGCGGGAGGACAAAACUCCAGAGCAGGCAACGAGUUCGCAGCAAAUAGCGCAGCUCUAUCUGAACCAGGAUCAAGUGAAGAACCACGCUCCAGCCCCCACGCAGAUUGAAGACGACUUCUACUGAAGAUUUUGACACCCCCCCCCCCCCCCCCCAUCACAAUAAAAGAGUAUUAAAAAUAAAAAUCCCGUGAUUUUUUGUAAUUAAAAUGUCAGUCUGUUUUGCACUUUCAUGGUCAGUAACAUUAUAGCUAUUAACGGGAUUGCUACCAUGUACCAGGUUUUUUUUGAAUCUCCGAUAUUUCGGUACCGUUGCGAGCGCCAUGAAAACAAGAUACAUGGUAACAAUCCCGUUAAUAGAUAUAAAAUAGAAGUCAGUAACCAAUGUGAAAUGGCUUACAAUACGGCUUCUACUGUCAUGGCAUUUUUAGCCCUAGAGUAAAAGCGUUAAAACGCCAUAUUAUUAUGAGUAAUAACUUAAACAUUGGACUUAACUUCAAUAAGAGACGAUGCUUGAAUUGCCCCUGCUUGCCUACACACAUAUCACAAUUAAGGGUAAUCCUCAUUCUAAUCGACAUCGAUAGAGACCCAUUAAAUUUGCCAAAGCAAAGAAUGCAGAUACAUCACUAAAUUUAAUCAAUCUUAAAAAUGAAUAGACCUAAGUGUGACGGACAGAGGAUUUUUCGCUCGCAAAUGUUGUUUAGGCUGAUACUGUUUACGUUUCAGAAUGUGCUAUAAAAAUGACUUUAUUUUUGUCAAUAAUGGAGUUUCUGAUUAUUUUGUACUAAUGUUUCAUUUAUAUUAAUAACAAUUACUGUUUUUAUUGUUACAUAAACUGAAAACGAAUCUUAAAUUAUGCAAACAAAUUGAUAAUAACUGAAACUGUCUUGUAAAUGUUCAAAUAAAAAUAAGGAAAUGCAGUUGAUUUAUUAUAUUUCCCAAUAGUAAAUUUGUUGAUACUUUUGUUUAGCACGAUCUAAUAACGGCAUCAUGAAAUAUUAUUGUUAAUUUCGAGCCUCAUUAUUGGAUAGUUUGUAAUUAUUAUAAAAUAAAAAUCUGGAAUAUGAACAUGUAUUUUAUUAUUCG